AUGGAAGCUCAGAUGGGUAACUUGGAAUUCAAGUCCCACAAUCACAUGUUUCUUGAUACACAAGGCUCACUACUAGAAAAGGGGCUGAGAUUAACUACCUACCCAAAGGGAGAUAAGCUAACAUUGAAUGCUCUGGUUGGAAGUAUAGUGUUACUUCACACCGAAAUUCAGUAA